AUGCAACUUGUCCACCGGGAAUUUGAUGAGUUUAUCCAUAAACUGUUCUUUCGUUUCGGAUUGAUCGUCCACAAGUUUCGACUCGAAUUCCUCGUUGCAUCUUUGGUAUGCACGACAUUUUGUGCUUACGGCUUAGUAUGGAUUGAAGAACAGAGCACGAAAGAUCCUCAAUUUGUGUUCUCACCUCGAAACGCAUUGUGGAGAUACGAAAAAGCUGUAAUAUCCGAGCACUGGCCACUUGACGAACAACGAUUUUGGCCUGGGAAAAGCUAUGACCUCAGCGGAUACCUUGAUAUUAUCGUUGCCGGCAAGGAGCAUCCUCAGUACGGUAGACCGAACAUCCUGAAUCUCAGAUAUCUGGAUGAGGUUUCUCGUAUAAAUCAAUAUAUAAUUCAUAAUAUCACUGUACCAGUCGAUAUUGAUGGAAAACACUAUGAGGUGGCCUACACGGAUCUGUGCAUGUCUUUCGAUUGGGCAUGUUAUAUGAACGAUCAUCUGACAAUGCUGAUGCCGAAAAGUCGUUGGGGGAACUUCAGCGGCCCUAUCGCUGAGUUCGCGAGCGACAUCAUCAACAGUGAGGUGAAUAUCACGUAUCCGAUCGGAUGGAGAGGAUCGGAACCGAUCUAUUUCGGAGCUCUUGUUGGUCGACCACAUCUCACUGAUAGCGAAGGCCAUUUUGACAACGCCAUAGCGCUUAGGCUCACUUAUAAUGUUCGAGAGCAGAAGGUAGGAAAUAUCAGCUACAUAUGGCGGAAGAAACUUGCAUCUUGGUUGACGAACAAAGAGAAACCUCCUUCUGAUCUGGUCGAAUUCGGAGUGAAUCACAACGAAUCGCUGCCAGAAGGUUUGCAAGAUGUCGCCGAUACACUCACACCCAAAUUCAUUGGAACAUGCACGAUUUUAUCCACAUUUUGUUUCGUGGUUUCGGUGGUUCUCAUCAAUCACGGAAAUGGUCUUAUUGGCAUCGAUUGGGUGCGUAGCAAACCAAUUGUUGCAUGUGCAGGGAUAUUGUGUCCACUCCUCGCUGUCAUCACUUCUUUUGGACUACUAUUGUGGUUUGGAGAACUUUAUAAUGCGAUCGUUAACGUCUCUCCAUUCUUGGUUCUCUGUAUUGGAAUUGAUGAUUUGUUUAUUAUGUCUGCCGAAUGGCAUCGUACAAAUCCUGAUCAUUCACCGGCUCGUCGUAUCGCUGACACUCUCUCGGAAGCCGCGGUCGCCAUCAGUAUCACUUCGAUUACCGAUAUUGUAGGAAGUGAGAAACCAGCAAAAGGACUGAAAUCAAAACUGAACACAAUCAUUAGAAAAAUGGAAACUAAACUGGAACAUCAUGAAAAGCAAACUACCGGGACAUUGCGCGAGGAAACAUUUGUCAAUAAGCUGUUCCGCGAAAUAAUUGGACCGUUUAUACUUGAGCGAAGCACGCAGGUGUGCGCCACACUUUUAUAUUUCGUCUACCUGCUCUUAUCUAUCUAUGGAUGCUUGAAUAUCAAAGAGGGUUUAGAUCCUAAAUUCCUAGUCAGAGAAUCUUUCUAUCUCAGCAAUUUCUAUAAGCUUAUUGAUCAAUCGUUUUGGGUGGAAGGCCUACAAAUGCAAGUGGUUGUAAAUCGACCUCCGGAUCUUUUCAAUACGACGAUGCGAGAAGAAUUCUCUAAAAUGAUGAGUGAUUUUGAAAAUACUCAGUUCACCAUGAAUCACAAUGCCACAAUGAUCUGGUUGAAUGCUUAUGAACUGCAUCUGGAAAGGGAGAAGAACGAGUUGAACAUCGAGAAGCCGGCCAGCUCUUCCGAAUGGUAUCAUCGCUGCAGAGAUUGGCUAUUAGUGGCCGGAGGGCGAAGACUUUGGGAGAAAGAUAUGGUAUGGGGUCAAACAGAAAAGGACUUCUACGUGCUAAAAGCGUUUCGCUUCCAACUUGGCCUCAGAAACUACCGUACACCAACCGAUCACACGAAUAGUUGUAAGCUUAUGAGAGAAAUCGCAUCCAAAUACGCUCAUUUCAAUGUCACCACCUUCCAUGAAUACUAUCCGUUCGCCGAUCAGUAUCUAGAAUUGAAACCGUCCCUAUCACAGAACAUUGUAUUCGGUUUAAUUUCCAUGCUUGCUGUGACGCUAAUAAUGAUCCCGGAUGUGAGAGCGGCAUUUUCUGUCGUAUUGUGUAUCGCCAGUAUAAAUCUAGGAGUGCUGGGAUUCAUGACAUUUUGGGGCGUCAAUUUGGAUAGCGUCUCAAUGAUUACGGUGAUCAUGUGUAUUGGAUUUGCCGUUGACCUAUCCGCUCACAUAGCCUACGCGUACUCUCAAGCAUGUGGAACAUCGCAUGAACGAGCUGUAUUUGCUCUGGAAACGCUUGGAUGGCCAGUUUUUUUGGGCGCUUCAUCAACAAUACUUGGAAUCAUGGUUCUAACGCUUGUCGAUGCAUAUAUCGUAGAAAUAUUCUUCAAAACUGUCUUCUUGGUGAUUUCGUUCUCAAUGCUACAUGGACUACUUUUCCUCCCAGUACUACUUAUGAUCAUUAUUCCAGAGAAAAGAGCUAAAAAAUCAGCGAACAAAAUCCACGACAAGCCAAGAGCAGUGUUCACAUGCUCAGAUCCAGAAGAUAAAGAGGAUUUGGGAAGAAAGGCUCCAUCCAGACACAUCUCCUCAAUGGAUGAUCUCAAAAAGAAGGGAGUGCCGAAUAAAAUAAACCUUACGGUAGAGCCGGCGCCUGGAGAAGAACCUCUGGACGAAGACGUUGUGAAGGCCACCGUUGAUCGCCUCACCGGAAAAAUUCUUACCCCGGAUUAUCAUUCACCUAAAUAG